AUGAACUCUUAUCCAAUAGAGCUCAUCGUCCAGUAUGCCCCAGUCAUGUUUGUGGCAGGAUUGACCGAAUCCCAGCCAUCCGAAGGCGCUUCUGGAGCACCUUCGUCCCCAAAAACCUUGUCCGAAACAAUAGCACUUACACCUGAUUCCAAGGAUCCAUUUAGUGCCCUAAUUGAAAGGCUUCGCUCAGUUCUAAGCGCUAAACGAAGAGCGCCUGUUUGGGAUUCCGAUAGAACCCCCAAAUUUCAGGUAGCCCUGGUAGACCGAGCAGUGCGCUUCCCACCCCGAAAAAUAAAUCCUCCUCAGCAAAGUGUUAGGAACGAUGAUAUCCCAUCCACAAGCGUCCCCCACUCUCCACUGUCUCCAUUAAUUCCUUCGUCCCCACUCUAUCCAGACGGGUUAAUAGCGCCAGUUUGGGUGCGGAAACACCUUGAACUUGUUCCCUCCGUUUUCGUUCUUUUCCUUCGUUUAUGGGAACCUCCGCCCCCUUCAUCUCCCUUGGACACCGGGAACAGUCAGGACAGGGAGGAGGAGCGCAAACAGGAUGCGGAUCUCUCGGCGGAAAUUGCUGUUCGGAAACGAUCGACAGGAGAACGUGGGAUCAAGCUCACGGUCGUGCUGCUAGCUAGUCGGCGGAUGCUUGAGGAUCCAUCCUUGGACGCGCGACUUUCGUUUAUCAGACGCCAAAGUGGAUUAGAUUCUCGUGCAGCACUAUUCGUACUCAGCCCCCUAAAUACAACAGAACUUCAAGAAUUUGUCCAAAGCCUCCAAGAUGCGCUGUUCGAAUCAGCGACAGACUACUACACUGCACAUACCAAACGUGUGCGCAGGAAGAAGAGCCGACCCGCACAUAUACCAGCAAGUUCGGGACCGACAAUUGGCCGUCCGCUUCGAAAUGAAGGAUGGAUUGUACGAUAUGAGUACAAGAUGGCCACAUUUGCGGAAUUUAGAAUGGAGGAUGAAUUGGCUAGAAAACAUUACGAAGAUUGUUGGGAAGGAUUGAUUGGCAUGUUUACGUCCACUACCGUCUUACCCCCGAAGACCAAGCGCUGGGCGGAGGCGAAAGUCUUGGCUGAUACAGUAUCACUUAAGAUCUGCAAGUUGUAUCUAUAUCAUUCUGAGUUUAACAGAGCCUUGAUGCACUUUAAUCGACACCUUAUGCGGUUUUCUGAGAUGAUGAGCGGCUGGGGUAUUGGAGAAGACUCGUUCGAGUAUUGGAGCUGGGUGGCGCGACAAUACAGGGCGUUCGCGGAAUUACUUGAUCAGGCAUCUCGUUCUGGGUUGCAACCCACCAGCAACAGUGCGUCAAAGUUUCCGGGGGCGGUGCCUCAACAUCUAUCCACGCCCUCGGUAUCUACUGUCGACCCUUCACCGGCUUUCUUUGGUCUCAAUCCUUUGAACGCAUUGCAACAUACUGGUUACUUCUACUAUGCCGCCGCGGCAUGCACUCGACGUCGCUUGGAAAGAUUUACUGCUAUAAACAAUCAAGAUGUACAUAUUUAUAACACGAGGUGCCAGAGUCCAACAUACUCUCCCGCGCUGGUCAAUGAACGCAAAGUAGACCAUUUGGGGACAUUGACGGAGCUUUACAGUAAAGCAUACGAGUUAUUUAAAUUUCACGGUGGUUCAAGCAGUCGUUUGACGUACCAUAUGGCUUAUCGGAUCGCGGAAACACACUUCCUGUCCAAGAGAUAUGACCUUGCGGCCAAGUUUUUCGAGCGUAUUGAGCGAACUUAUGAAGAAGAGCGUUGGGGUGACAUGCCUGAACCCCUCCUCGCCAUGUGGUGCGAGUGCAGCCGAAAGUUGGGCAGCAGGGGACUGACGAUUCGUCUGCUCCUUACUAUUUUAUCGGAACGACGGUCUGCGGGGAAGGAACUACGGGGUCUUCUUGAGGUAAGGAAUAUGUCCACUUACAAAAGUGUGAACACGCGGUACCAGCUUCGUCAGAUGCCAUCACCCCCGGAAGAUCAUAAUUUUAUCGAACUUGAAAGUCCUCUAGCGCUGUUCCACAUGUCUUCUGUCUUUUGGCGAGGGACUGUGUAUGUUGGGGAACCAGCUUCAUUUCAGCUCACUUUGACUUCUCCCGAGACCAAUAUCGAGUUCCUCUUCACGGAGCUUCGCAUUUAUUAUAGCGAGCAUCUACCUCCUGUGAUCGUGCAACACCCAGAAAUUGGUAUAGAAACCCCGUAUACAUUCCUGGGAGAUUUCGACGUUUCAUCCAUUGAUAACGCGUCUGCAGUCCCUAUCCAGGCCGAUUUACAUUGGGUUCCAGGGAAAAGCAAGACAUUUGCUGGCUAUCUGACUUCAUCAGUGACUACCGAACUUCGUAUACACAAGGUGGAGCUGCUAUUCGAUAAAGAUACAUGUAAAUUCAUGGUACCCAUCAAGUUAAUUGGCGACACGGACCAACUACCGAGAACUGUUCAAUGGUUCGCUCCAGCAUCAUCUGUGGGUCCCCAAUUGUCUGUGUCGAGGUCGCGGCCUGAUAGUUGCUCGGUUGUGUUUCGUCCACAUCUUUUCUCGAUUUCUUACGGACAUGAAGAGCCAGCAUACUGCAACGAACUAUACCCUAUUAAUAUUGAAAUCACCAACGAGCACGAUCAAGAUCUCGAGUUUGAUUUAGACGUACUUCUACAGCCAUCGGAUGAUGACACAGUCAGCUAUGUAAUGGUUGGCGAAGAGCGGUCGCAAGCCUUGAUAAAGGGUGUUUCGUUCGGCAUAGUUCAAAAGGGCACCUCCGCCACUCGGAUCCUGUAUUUCAUCGGAGGUGCUAGUGGAGAAAGGACGCUUGAUAUAUCAAUCCAAUCUCGGGCCCUCUGCACGGACGGCGAGCCCGAUCAAGCUAUCCAUAUGAACGAGACUCUACGACAGUUAAAGGUCCUAGUGGUGCCUCCCAUACAAUGUGCAUUCCGCACCGCGUAUCUCCGAGAUUCGCGUCCUCUCUUACCAGUGAUGGAUCUGUCGAAGUUUGAACCAAAUGCUUUUGAACCCGUUGGACGCGCUUUAGUCUCAAUAGAUGUGACUUGUACUGGUCCGCAAGGUAUUGUAGUCAGCUCUAUUCAACUCAUUCCUCGGGCAAGUUCCGGUUUUCCCUUUGAAUCCGACGGCCCACGCGCGAGAGUGUUGUAUACUUCACUGGACUUUGGGGAAAGGGACUUUCCUUCAGUGUGGCAAUCGAAUGAUGCAUUCUCAAUAAUGUGCGAAGUUGAAUUAGGCGAAGAUGAUGCUGAAGAAUUCCCCAACGAUGAAGUCCCCUUUCCUGGAAGCUUCGAAGUUACAUGGCAGAAGAUAAGCUCGACUGCGUCAAACUUAACAGCUAAGACUAAUAUCUCCCCGCCGAGUCUGAAGCCUCCAGAAGACAGCAUCGUCGCGUUGAUUACCUGUCCUCCUUCCGCAAACCUGCAUCAGCCUUUCAUACUAACCUUGUCGGUGCAAAACCGUCAGCGUUUCCGAACUGCUGACCUAUACCUCGAUGUGGAUUCCUCAGAGGCAUUUGUCCUCGCAGGUCCUCGACACACUCGUCUUCCUACGCUGUUACCCGGGAUGUCGGAAGAAGUUUUUUUCAAUCUUAUACCUCUGUCCACCGGCGAAGUACGGCUUCCAACGUUCAAAGUUCACGAUAGGCGAAAACCACCAGGCCUGCUACCGCCAGAAAAUGAAGACGAGCAGACCGAUGCUCCUUAUAACCAUGCUUCAUUGUCGAGGGUACCAGUACUGCUCGCCUCACAGGAUGCCAGGUUCGAGGAGCCGGAACAGGCGGAAGGCGCCCGUGUAGACCCAGACGCGCUUCCAAUGAUUGUGUAUCCUUAA